AAGUGGAGAGCGUGUGUAUGGGGGGUGCACCUGGUAAGGGUGGAGUUCUAUUCUUAGGUGUCAUACAAGUACAGAAAAGAUUGGCUGCCCAACUCCCUGCUCUGCCUCUCCGCGAGUCGCCGCCCGCCGCCGCCGCCGCCGCACGCCGCCGCCGCCCGCCGCCUGCGGCUGCCCACUGCCUGCCCGCCCGCCCAGACCCUCAGGACGCUGACCGGUGGCCGCCACUGCCCUAUUGUCUUAAUGAAGCUCUUGUCAUCCAGCUACACACUUACACCCCUUGCUAAUUUCUGUAAAGUUCCUUGAAUUGUUAUGGAAGAAUGACUUGAUUGACUGACCAGACAAGAGAUUUUGAUUCGGAUGCCUAACAGAACUGUGCCCUAAAAUGUAUAAUGGUAGCUAAAAUAAGAGCCAACUAUUGGUGCAAAAUGCUACCAAUGCUAUAGCCAAUGCUUGCAUGGCACUAAGAUGCUUAUAAAAGGCAUCCCACAUCAUUGGAUCGGAGCUCACUACACGCUAUACUCUGAACUUUUGAGUCUUUGUAUUGAUCAGAGGGCAGCAAACCACUGUUGUUUGAUUCAUUCCCACAUGAUAACAAAUGGUAUUUUGCCAAACGUACAUCUGCACACAAAGCUGAUCAUAUGUUAUUCAAAGUUUGGUGAAAUGGGAACCGCCCAGAAGGUGUUUGAUGGUAUGGGCCAAAAGAAUUUGGUUUCUUGGACCGCGUUAUUGUCAGGGUAUUCUCGAAAUAUGGAUUCAGGAGAAGCUCUAAGAGUGUUUAUAUCAAUGCACCGUGAGGGGUUAAAGGGGAAUCAAUUUACAUAUGGAAGUGUUUUGAGGGCAUGCACCAAUUUGUUGGGUUUGAAUCCAGGGAAACAAGUACAAGGGCGUGUCCAGAAGAGCAGAUUUGCUAAAAAUUUAUUUGUGCAGAGUGCAUUGCUUGAUUUCCACUCUAAAUGUGGGGAAAUAAAUGAUGCUCGUCUUGUGUUUGAUUCAAUGUUGGAGAGAGAUGUGGUUUCAUGGAAUACAAUGAUUGGUGGAUAUUCUUUUCAGGGAUUCUACGAUCAUGCAUUUUUUAUGUUCCGCUCGAUGCUAAGAGAAGGUAUGUAUCCUGAUUGCUUCACGUUUGGGAGUAUUCUGAGAAAUUCAUUUGGAGGUUAUAGAGUCGAUGGACUUAUGAUUGUUAGCAGUAUACAUGGUAUCAUUGUUCAAUUGGGGUAUGAGUUGAAUAACGUGCCUAUUGGAUCUCUAGUUGACGCCUAUGUGAAGUAUGGGAAUUUAGCUGGUGCAAAUCGUCUUUAUAGAAGUAUGAAGAAGACAGAUAUCAUAUCAUGCACUACAUUAAUUAUGGGAUAUGCUCGUCAAGGUAAAGGCAUUGAUGAAUGCAUGAAUCUCUUUUUAGAGUUGCACCGAUUGCCCGUGAGAAUUGAUAGUGUAAUAUUAUGCUCAAUGCUUAGUUUGUGCGCUAAAGCAGCAUUGUUGAGUCUAGGAAGGCAGAUGCAUACUCUUGCAUUGAAAUAUCAAAAUAAACAUGAUGUAGCCUUGGGAAACUCUUUGAUUGACAUGUACUCAAAAGUAGGUGAGAUUGAGGCUGCUAAGAUAAUUUUUCAUCACAUGGAAGAGAAGAAUGUGAUCUCAUGGACAUCAAUGAUAUCUGGAUAUGGUGUGCACGGCCAUACUGAGAACGCAAUUUCUCUUUACAAGAAGAUGGAAUUACAAGGAAUUCAUCCAAAUCACAUUACGUUCUUGUCCCUUUUCUCUGCGUGUAGCCAUACUGGCUUGACUUCUCAAGGCUGGGAGUUCUUCCACAAUAUGGUUGGUAAAUAUAAGAUUUGCCCACUUUCGAAGCAUUAUGCUUGCAUGGUAGACCUUUUGGCACGUGAGGGUUGUUUGGAAGAAGCCCAUAAUUUGAUAUGUAGGGAGAAUAUUAAUCCGAGUGCCUCUCUUUGGGGAUCACUUCUUGGGGCGUGUAGUAUGCAUGAACAUAUGCAUCUUGGAGAGUUAGCAGCGAAGAAUUUAUUUAGUAUGAACCCCCAAGAGCCUGCCAACUAUGUUGUCUUAGCUAACAUAUACGCAUUGACAGGUUUAUGGCAAAGGGCCGCCGAUACACGGGAAUUGAUUGUUAAUAAGAGGUUACUGAAGAAUCCUGGUCAUAGUUUUGUCUCAAACAGCAAGAAUAUGUCACUUCUUCCCGCUGGUUGGUAUAAAGGCGUGUAGCCAAAGUAAUAUUAUGGUCUGGUGACUGGUGUGGAUCCAAAUCAAUAUUGUCUGAGUUCUUCAAAACCAGUAAAAAAGAAAUAGUGGAGGAUCUGGAGUUUGUGGCCAAGAGACUUUGGAGGAGUUUGUGGCAUACAAGGUGAGGAUUAUAACAAGAACCAAUCAAGUUUCAGGGUCCACUGUUACCUUGUGUUUGCUUUUGUGGUGUCCACAUCUAUUAUAGACUAGUUGGGAAAAGGGGUUAUAUUUUACAUUUGGGGGGGCUCUUCUCAUGCUUUGUACUCCGUAUGUGAUUGUUAACCUCAAAUGAAACAAAAAUAAAUCAAAUAAAAAUAUUAAAUUGUACCUAUUCAGGUAGCUCUUUUUUAUUGCAACGUAGACCUCACCUGUUGCUCCUGGUUAAAAGAUCUUUCUGAUAUGACUUGAAUAAAAUGAGUGGGAUUUCUGAGGAAGAAUGUAGAGGUGUCAUCAUUCGUAGUACUCAUGUACAGGUUUAUAAAUACUUUUUGGAUGCUGAGGAGAAGAAACAGUAUAAAUCAAAUAAAAAGAUUAAAUUGUACCGAACAUGGUCUUACAGUUUGCAGUUUCAGGUAGCUCUUUUUUAUUCCAACACAGACCUCAACUGUUGCUACUAGUUAAAAGAUCUUUCCAAUAUGACUUGAAUGAAAUGUGCGGGAUUCCUCAGGAAGAAUGUAGAGGUAUUAUCAUUUGUAGUACUCAUGUGCAGGUUUGUAUAUACUUUUUGCCGUUUUUGGAUGCUGAGGAGAAGAAACGAUAUGGAUGGUUUUGGGUUUGUCGAAUUUGUGGUAAACACUGUCACUAUAGAUACACUCUUCCUCCAGGGUAUGAUCCGAAAUCGCAGAUGAUAGGCAGCUGUUCACUGACAUUGGACUGUUUCCAAUGUCACAUAAAUACAUAUAUUUAUUUAUAUGUAUGUGUAUAAUGUAUAAUUGUAUACAUAGCCACUGCUAUUGGUUCAACCGUUCAAUUAAUCAAUUAUAUACAUAGUCUGCAUGAUAGGCUGAUAGUCUUUUCAUUCAAUGCAUCGCUGAGGCUAUGCUAUUGCCAGCUAUGAACAUUCGGUUACCGUUGUGCAUAGGUCUGUUUGCCUUUGACAGCCGAAUAUAUUUUGCAUAUUAUCUUCAAGAACAGCUGAAUAAUCUAUACGUUCAUCUGGC